CAAAAAUCCCCAAUCUGACCAUGAACCGCAACAGGAGCAGCUUUUUAAUGCCUAGAUCUGACACAAGUGACUGCAGCAUUGGCCGUAACAACGACAGCAAUAAAAACAGUGUCAGUAAUGAUAACAAAAAGAACGGCUGCUUAAAGCAUCAACUGCAACAAGCAACACAACAACAGCAACACUCACAACAAUCGUUGACAUUGGUCCAACAAGAACACCAACAACAAAAUUACCCACCGCACAACAGUAACAUCAGCUACAAGAACUACAACAAUCAUUUGAUUAAGAAUAAUAACGAUUUCAUCGAUGUGACCAUGACGACAUAUUCCAUAUCCUCGUAUACACUGAACCAAAAGUAUCCAACAAAUGGCCAAAAGUAUUCCGUAGCUGCUAGCAGCAACAACAAUAACAACAUUCAGACAUUAGGCAGUAAAAACAAGAACAAAUACAGCAAAAACCACACAGCGCCCAGUAUGCUUUUAGUAAGCCCAUAUAAUCCUUCGCUUCACAUUUGUGAGUUACCGCUAUUACCGGUGCAGAUUUUCUGAUUCACAUUCACAAAUCUAACAGAUAGAAUUAACAAUAACUACAUGACAACAAAUCAAGAGAAAACAAACAAAAUAAAAAUAAAACAAACAUUACAAAUACUUUGUACACUAAGAGGGAAGAUGAAGAUUUACAUACGAAAACCUUAAAUUAUACAUAUAUAUAUAUAUAUAUAUAUAUGUACAUAUUUUUGAGUGCAAGGGACUCAUUAGAUGAUAAUGCAGCUGGAUCUACAAGUUGAAAUUUUACUUUGUGUUGGACGACGGAUGCAGACGCAGGACAAUUUAGGUCCGCUUUUUUUAAUCUACAUAUAUUUACACAGAGUAAAACAUCUUUAAGAUACUACUUAGUAUUCAAAGUGAAAUAAUUGAAAAAUUAUUUAAAAAAUAAAGCGUUAAAUAAUAAGUUGGGUACAGCUUAAAGCUGUCUAUAUAAUACUAUAUAAUAUUAAAACUAAAACUAAUGCAUACAAUAUUUUAUAAAACAAAAGAAUGUCAACAGCACCGCUCGAUCUCCAGAAUAGAAUAGAAAUGCUCUCAUUACUUUGCUUAUCUUCAGUGAUUUGAUAGAAUGCAACAUAUAAAUCUUUUCAAAUUAAUACACUUGAAUCGAUUUGAUCUUUUAAUUCUAUCUAUUUUGGAGAUUGGGUAUGUACAGGGUACAUGGCGUACUUAUUUAGGUAUGUGUAUGUGUGACUAUCGCACAGUUGAAGUGGAAAUCUAUAAGAUUUAGUUACUUAAAGAAACUAUAUAAUUGGGCACAUUUAAAAUAAAUUGAAUAUAACUUAAUAAAUAUAUUAAUAUAAAUAUAUAUAUAUAUAUACAGAACAUAAUAUUUACAAAACUAAUUAAAUAAAUGAUCGACAACAUUGGAAUGAAAAUAUAUUUAUAAAUAUACGAAUAAAAUACUCAUAACUUAAUAUAUAUUUAUAUUAUUCAAAGAAUGUGAAUAAAAGCCCAUAAUUAUGUGGAUAAUGCUGCAAAUGAUUACUUUAUUGAAACAAUAUGGAAAUAUAAUACAAUGAUAUGAAUAAUAAAUACUCA